GUCACUUUGCACUGCCAACAUCAUUGCGAAGGACUUCCAAGAAAGUUUAACUAAGUCCGAUUGACGGGCCUGGGCCAUGUUUUCCCCUUUCUAACAUUGCGUACUCCAGGAUUUUUAAUCAGCAGUCUCGAUACCUAGAAAAAGCGCUACUACCAAUAUGUGGAUUUUCUAUUCAUAAGUUUGCCUCCCAAUUUCCCUGCGGUCCAAAGCUCUGUUUCAUUUUCCUCUUCCCAUCCGUCAUUGAACAGCUUGGGUAUUAACCUCUUUAAUACGCCACCACCCUGCUGUCAACUUCCGCGGAUCUACCGUAUAUAAUCACCCCAGACGCUACGAGACUGGAUUUCGUAUUUCCUCAUAUUUUAAAUGGAUUCGCGUGCGGUUGUAGACAGCGAAACCUCGGAUAAGUAUUUGCGAAUUGCGUCCAUCUCCAUUGCAUUGUACGAUUAUGUGAUCACACUCCCCGCAGAAUGGCGGUUUUACAGAAGUCAAUCCUCAAUUUUUCACCUUAGUACUGCCUGCGUCUUAUUCAUUCUCAUACGCUAUGUCAGUAUCGUAGUCAUGCUAGUCAGCAAUUACGGAGACUUCGCCACCAGCUUCACCCAAGAAACUUGUCAGCAUUACUACAUUAUGGCGCCUAUCUUCAAAGUUUUACAAACGAUGGUAUCGCAAGUCAUCCUUGGUGUCAGGACAUGGAAUAUUUCAAGGAGAAAUAUGCGGGUAGGAAUUACUCUAGCGCUACUAUUCUUCACCUCGAUUACGCUGGAGUGGUUCACCAAUAUGUUUGCCCGGAUCCCCGUUGUUGUUGAUGGAAACUGUACCCCAGGGAAUUCUGGAAAAACAUUGUCCGCCUGGCUUUACUACGUCACUGCGAUGACAUAUGAUCUCGUGAUAUUGGCGAUUUCCACCACGCAUCUUCUGCAAUAUGAUAUUCUCAGCAGCAGGCUAGAACGAGUAGUACAGGUCCUGAUGUAUGAUGGCAUUGGAUAUUUGGUCGUGCUGACAGGGUCGAACAUAUUGAACAUAGUACUGUAUCGCGAAUCUGAUGUCCGAACUCAGUCGGCAGGGGCAUCAGUAGGUUAUGCUGUAACGUGGAUCAUGAGCCAACGAAUUCUCAUCCAUAUACAAGAAAUGCAAGAAGCCCCACGUAUGGAAAGUGUGGUCCUCGCGCGUCCCGCACAAAGUGCGAGGAACGUGAUCACCGGUUUUCGCUCUAAAAGCGAUGCUGACUUCGUAACAUCGUCGCGUAAUACGCACACCAAUAAUGACGUGGAGCUCGACAUACGCGUACACGUCGAGCGCUCGGUGGUCGUAGACUACACGAAUGAAUCUGACCAUCUGCAUGCUUGGGAUAAAGUGGCAAGAUGAAUCUGGAGGCGUCGCCUAAUGGUGCCUAUACCUAUCAAGUGAUACCAGGUGAUGCACCGCUAUUUAUAUAUAUACCGUACCUGCUGUGCCAUGUAAUUUUUUCAAGUUAGUCGUUAUGGGUGUUUGUCUGUGUUCGUGUACUAGUAGUAGUAGGUCCAACCUUGGCAUGCAACCAUUGACAGUCUUUGACAGUGGUGUAAUCGCGUGAUGGGUACUGAUUGCAUAUAGGCUAUGGUGCCGGGAGCCUGAGCAACGGAAGGACUUGGGGGGAGCGCUGAUAGG